UUUGUUAUACGGAUUUUAUCCAGUAAACUAUUAACUUAAAUAUUUUCUUUAAAAUGAAAUCAAUUAUUUUCUUCGUCACCAUUUUAACAGUUGUUGCUAUAAGUGCGGCAAAUUUUAUUCCACAAUUUGGUUUCCCUGAAGAAGAUCCAAGCCGUCGCGGUCGCAUUAUUAAUGGACAAGAAGCACAGCCUGGUCAAGCACCAUAUAUUGUUUCAUUGAAAAGUUCUCCAUCUGGAUCACAUUUUUGCGGUGGUUCAAUUAUUGCACCACAAGUUGUUUUAACUGCUGCACAUUGUUUAGGUGGUAAUAUUUAUGUUGUUGCUGGUUUACAUAAACGUAAUAACGAAAGUGAUACACAAACUGUAAGAGUUAUUAAGCAAUUGGGUCAUGAAAAAUAUAGUGGUGGUGUUGGACCAUAUGAUGUUGCACUUUUGCAAUUAGAAAAACCUUUGAAAUUAAAUAAUCGUGUUCAAGCUGUUGCUCUACCACAAAAUUCAGCUCAACAAACUGGUGAAGGUAUAUUAUUUGGAUGGGGAAAAGAUACACCAUGGGGUGGAUUACCAAAUGUUUUACAAACUGUUACAACUGAUUUAUUACCAUAUUCUGAAUGCGCCCGUAAAUUACCAAGCGGAUCACCAAUUCAUUCAACCAACAUUUGUUCUGGAUCACGCAAUCAACAAAUUUCAGCAUGUAAUGGUGAUUCAGGUGGUCCAUUAGUACAAAAUUCUAAUGGCAAAAUUGUUCAAGUUGGUAUUGUCUCUUGGGGCUAUAUUCCAUGUGGACAAGCUAAUUAUCCAUCUGUAUAUACUCAUACUGGCUCUCACUUGGAUUGGAUCUCAAGUAAAGUAGCCAAAAUUUGUUUCAUCAUGAAAUUCGCAAUUGUUUUAGCAACCGUUCUUGCAGUAGCAACUGCUGACGUUAUUCCACGUCCUGGUUUCCCAGAAGAAGAUAUCUUCCGUGGACGUGUAAUUAAUGGAAAACCAGCCAAAGUAGGAGAAGCACCUUAUAUUGUCUCAUUGACAAGCAGCCCAUCUGGUUCACAUUUCUGCGGUGGUUCUAUCAUUGACAAUCAAUGGGUUCUUACAGCUGCUCAUUGUAUUCUUGGUGGAUCAAUCUAUGUUCAUGCUGGUCUUCAUGACAGAAACAACAAAGAUGGACAAACUGUACUUGUAGAAAAAGUUUUCUCACAUGAACAAUAUGGUGGUGGAGUAGGACCAUACGAUAUUGCAAUUAUGCGCUUAUCACAACCCCUUGAAUUAAAUGAUCGUGUCAGUGUUAUCAAUCUCCCAACAUCUGAUGACCAACAAAAUGGAGUUUGUACCUUAUACGGAUGGGGUAAAGAUACACCAUGGGGUGGAUUACCAAAUAUUCUUCAAACUGUUACCACUGAUUUAUUACCAUAUUCUGAAUGUGCUAGAGCAUUACCAGGUGGAUCACCAAUUCAUUCAACCAACAUUUGCUCUGGAUCACGCAACCAAAAGAUUUCCGCUUGCAAUGGAGAUUCAGGUGGCCCAUUAGUACAAGAUUCAAAUGGACAACUCACACAAGUAGGUGUUGUUUCAUGGGGAUACAUUCCAUGUGGUGAAGCCAACUACCCAUCAGUAUACACUCAUACUGGUUCUCACUUAUCAUGGAUCGCCAGCAAGAAAGCAUUAUACACAUUGUGUAGAGCACAACAAGCAUUGAAAAAAGAUGCACUUGUUGCUCAUGUGCAACAAAUUUUAUUAAAUGAUAUUGAGGGUGUUCGAAAUGAUAUUAUAAUAACGGGUGAUUUUAAUGUUAACUGGUUAGUGGAAUCUUCUCAAAAAUAUAAGAUUAAUCAAAUUUUAGUUGAUUCAGCUCUGAAACAAUUGAUAAGUGAACCUACGAGAAUUACACCACAUUUUGAAUACUGUUCAACGGUGUUGGUGUUUUGUUCAGCUGGGCAGAUUGAAAAACUGCAAAAAUUACAAAAUAAAGGAAUGCGCAUAAUUCUUAGAUGCCAUAGAUUUUAUAUAUCUAUGUAUCUAUGUAGAUUUUAUAUAUCUAUGUUGGAUGCUUUACAAUGGCUUAGGAUUAAAUUAAAUAUGAAAUUCGCAAUCGUUUUGAUUAGCUUUCUUGUAGCGGCUACAGCUACUAUUGUACCUCGCCCUGGAUUCCCAGAGGAGGACACUUUCCGUGGUCGUGUAAUUAAUGGAAAACCAGCACAAGUUGGAGAAGUACCAUAUAUUGUUUCGUUAACAAGCAGUCCUUCUGGUUCACACUUCUGCGGUGGUUCUAUCAUUCAUGAACAAUGGGUUCUUACAGCUGCUCAUUGUAUUCUAGGGGGAUCUAUUUACGUUCAUGCUGGUCUUCAUGAUAGAAACAAUAAAAAUGGACAAACUGUUCGUGUAGAAAGAGUUUUCUCUCAUGAGAAAUAUGGAGGUGGAGUUGGGCCAUAUGAUAUUGCUUUGUUACGGUUAGAAUCACCAUUGACUUUAAGCGAUCGUGUUGCUAUUGUUUCAUUGCCAACAGCAGUAUCACAACAAAAUGGUGUAUGCAGUUUAUAUGGAUGGGGUAAAGACACACCAUGGGGUGGAUUACCAAAUCUUUUGCAAACCGUAACAACAGAUUUAGUUCCAUAUGCUGAAUGUGCUCGUAAGUUACCAAGUGGAUCACCAAUUCACUCAACUAACAUUUGUUCCGGAUCACGCAAUCAACAAAUCUCAGCAUGUAAUGGUGACUCUGGUGGUCCAUUAGUACAAAAAGAAAAUGGAGAAACAGUUCAAGUAGGUGUUGUUUCAUGGGGAUACAUUCCAUGUGGCCAAGCAAAUUAUCCUUCAGUUUACACACAUACUGGAUCUUAUUUGGAAUGGAUAAGAAGCAAACAAGCUCUCGAAACAUUAAGCGAAUUAAACUGGUCAACAGAUCAAUGCCGCGGUAGAAAAUCUACUACUCUUGUGCAUUUACAGAAUUUAAAAAAUAUUUGUGGUUCCGAUACAAUAAAUAGUCAACUUCAGUUCUUCAAUGAGUUUCAGAGGGGGGAGAUAGCAUAUGGAACUAAAUCUGUUGUUACGGUUUGCAAAAGAUUUGGUAAUCCACCCCAUGGUGUGUCUUUACCCCAUCCAUAUAAACUGCAUACACCAUUUUGUUGUGAUACUGCUGUUGGCAAUGAAACAACAGCAACACGAUCGCUUAAAGUCAAUGGUGAUUCUAACCUAUCAUUUGCAAGUUCUAUACCACAUAUAGGAUUUCCAGAAAAUGAUUUGAUACGUGGUCGUAUUAUAAAUGGAAAAUAUGCAAAAAUUGGUGAAGCUCCAUAUAUUGUUUCGCUAACUAGUACCAUUGAUGGUUCACAUUUUUGUGGUGGUUCAAUUAUAAAUGAACAAUGGAUUAUUACAGCAGCUCAUUGUAUAUCAUCAAAUCUAAUUUAUAUUCAUGCUGGUCUUCAUGAUCGUAACGAAAAACUUAAUAAACAAACAGUACGUGUUAAUAAAAUUUUUGUACAUGAUCGAUAUUUUGGUGGUGUUGGACCUUAUGAUAUUGCUUUAUUAUAUUUGGAAAAACCAUUAAAAUUAAAUAAACGAGUUCAAGCUAUUGACUUACCAAUUGAUUAUAUUCAACAAAUUGGUAAUUGUACACUUUACGGGUGGGGACGAGAUAAUACAGGUGGUUUACCAAAUAUUUUAAAAACGGUGACAACUAAUUUAUUAUCAUAUUCGGAAUGUUCUGCUAAGUUGCCAUUUACAUCUCCUAUUCAUGAAACAAAUAUUUGUUCUGGAUCAAAAGAUAUAGGUAUAUCUGCUUGUAGUGGUGAUUCUGGCGGACCAUUAGUACAAAAAAAUGAUAAUAAAACUACUCUUGUUGGUAUCGUUUCAUGGGGCUAUAUACCAUGUGGUAUAGAAAAUUAUCCAUCUGUGUACACACAUACUGGAGCAUAUCUUGAUUGGAUUAAAGAUAAACAAAAUUCGUUUUAA